AUGACGACUCCGACUGACCAGCACACAUUUAUGAAGGACGUACAGCACCUCUAUAGGACAAUUGGCGACUCGACUGACGGUCAGGCGUCCAUCGUUGCAGUCGACGAGAUGAUGAUCAUGGUGGCUUUGCGUCCUAAAUCCGGCUACAAUGCACACGCCGAAUUCCUAUUGACUGUAAACUGCUAUGGUCUGAUUGAUUUGGUGAAGGCAAUUCUAUACAUCAUUGCUCAUCCCGACUAUGAAUCCCCAAUGUAUUCCUUUGGAGAUACUCAUGGACCCCUCCAGACAGCUGUGAAUUCGACUCGACUGCUUGCUGGUUUGCCGGUCAACGGAUGUCGCUUUCCACCUAAUCUUGCGUGGUGCGAAUGGGCUAGUGCCAAUGGUUGUCUUCCCAUUGAAGGAAGUGAGGAGAUGAGAAAGGACGAAGCUUGGAUGGAACAAAAGGAAAUAUUUAGUCGGAAAGUUGGUAAAGGGGUUGCAGACUCCGGUGAUAAUCUGAUCGCAGAUGAUAAGGCGUCCACUACUGACGCCGAUACGAUUUCUGCCUCCAAUAGCACCGUAUCUGAUGCCUCCUCGUCCUUUGCCAAAAUUCGCUACUCGCUCGAUCCUGACGAUGAGGAUUUCUCUUGGGGUUCUUAUGAACCUCGUUGGUCGUCAUUUGAAGUUGAAUCACAACGCAUUCUCAUUUGGUCUCCUAACAAUGGCAAGAGAAGGGACGUUUGCACGAUAUUCUACUUUAUUGAAUUUUCGGGAACCAAACAUCAUCGGUUCGAUUUAGGUCAGCAGCACAAUUUUCUUUUCAUUGCCAGUGUCCUACGCGAAAAUCAGUCGCAUAGAGAAUCAAGACAAACAUCCAGUCACUGUCCAUGGCACGCAUUUGUUCGAAAUCCUGGAAUUUCCUACCACCCUCCUACUACCCACUGUUCUUCACUCGAUCUUGACAAAAUGUUCGCAGGUAAGCAGUCGGUCAUGCUCUUCGGUAGGAAAGGCACUAAUGCCUUCUCUGUUGGGUUGCCUUUUGAAGGAAUUCCUAAUGAUGAAAAUCUUUCCCGCUUUUCAGCUGCUAAUGAUAACGUUGAGAUGGAGAACUCUUUGGACUACAGACGGAUUAGCAGAGAAUCGGACCAACCAGCUGAAGCUGAAGCUCAAAGCGAAGCAGAGGUCUUCCUUAAAGACGAACCGAAGUUUUGCGCCGAUGAGUCAAACAAUGGGAGUACGACACCAUCGUCUUCUUUUGUCUCCUCUUCAACUUACAGUGACGAGCCUGUGGAUUGUCCCACAAUAACAGAAUGUCCGGAAUGCAGAUUUGAGUUUUGUUAUCUGGGCGAACCAAUUGACCCAAGCCUAGGACCGUUGUGGAAGUGGAUUUUUCGUCGAACUCGAUGGCCAAUUCGGCUUGCUCCACAGCAGAAUGUGGACCUCUCAUUGAUCGGCAUUCAAAUUCCACCAUGGCGUGUCAGUUUGGGUCGAAUGAUGGCGGACAUAUGUCACUUUUGCACAAAGAAUGAAGACAUCAGCAACCUUGUUCUUCUCGAUCCCAUGGCAUUGUCACCCCUGUCACCGCUCCUCAAUCUGAUGCGGCAUGAAAAGCUACUGAAUCCUCGACUUACCGGAGUCCUCUGGAUGACGCCGUUUGAUGCCCUUUCCCCCUUUUACCACGUACCCGUUCCAGUCGCGGAACAGCAACAUGACUGCGAAACCAAUGAAUGUCAAGACGGAGAAGGCACCUAUCCCACACCUACCUGUCUGCGGUUCCUUACUGUUGCUGCCUUUCUCACUAACUGGGUGGCGUGGUUUUCACGCAUAGAGAGCUAUGCAACGCUUGGUAUGUCACGAUUCCGUCCACUCUACAUCAGUGAUCCUAUGGCUGCGUGUCUACUUCAGCCCUUUAGUCUGGGCUGUGGUCAAGCUCCUCUCCUCGAUCUUUGGCCCAUGUGGCUACUUCGUCGCCUACUCACCCUCUCCUUAAGGCUGUCCCAACUCCAAAUUCCCUUCCUCAAUCCCAACCGUCCGCAUCUGCGACACCUGUUUCCAUUUUCUGACCUAGACGAGAUUUGA